CGCUCCGCUUGCCGGCCGGGCUCGGUCCAGCACGUCCACUCACGUCAACGUCUCCCGCCUCAGUUCUGAUCCGACUCUCAACCGGUUAACAAGUGUCACUCGGAGCUGUGUCAAGUCAGUGUGUUUCGAGCAGUCCCGAAGUGUUGUGUUGUAUUCGAGUGAACAGAAACGUGGCCCACCGUCUCCAAAACGAAAUGUUGAAAAUGGAGAUGUCAACGAAAUUGGAUAAAAACUCGAACCUCAAGAAAGUUACCAAACGCAAGAAGGCAUACGCUUCAAGAAUUGAAGAAGUUGCAGCCAUGAGAAUAAAGUUUCCAACAAAAGUUCCCACAAUAGUGAAAAGGUUUCACAAGGAGGCAAGUCUUCCACUUUUGGAAAAAGUGAAAUUUUUAGUACCAGAGGAAACAACAAUGUCUCAAUUUGUAGCGAUUAUCAGAAAACGUAUGAAUUUGCGUCCAAACCAAGCCAUUUAUCUCCUGGUCAACAAUAGGUCAAUGAUGAAUCUUUCUAUGACAAUAGCUGAAGUUUAUAAUGAACAUAAGGAUGAAGAUGGCAUGCUGCAUGUUACAUAUGCCUCACAAGAGGUAUUUGGCUCAUCAGAUGACAGCAGGCCUGUGAUGUGGAGAACCAAUUAUGACAGUGGUGAGGAUUGAACUCUGAUCUAUUGAACAUGGUUCCUUUAAUAAUUGGAACUUAUGGUGAUAGUUCAUACCUUUUUUUGCUGGAACCAGUGGCUGACAACUAAAGGAAAAAAUCAAGAGGAGACUCCGAGCUGAACCACAGAUUGACACAGGAGUUUGUGAGAAGAUGAUUCCAACCCUUGACAUUCUGAAAAUUGAGUUGUGGCACAUGCUCAGAGGUGUUCCUAAUUCUUCUUUGUGUUGUGCUUUAAAAAAACGUGACUCCAGUACUGACACUAUAAGUGGCAGAUAAUGUGAGGAGGCAGCACAGGACUGAAUAUUGGAAUAGUGUAAAUCACCAUCUAGCAUAUGGAAUGUAAGAGUGGCUGUUGAUAUUGUGAUAGGUAUCUCAGCAAAAAUUUCAUUGAAAUGUUUUUAAAGUCUGACCCUAACUAAUUUUAAGAUUGUGUUUAAUAUUUAAUGUGAUUUUAAUUUGUUCUCAUUCCACUUAUUUUAGUGAGAGGAUGAAUGGAGUAUUUUAGUUAAAUUUUGUACCUGCAUCAGGUUGUUUAAUGUUAUUGAUAUAUUCUUAUUUAGUUUAGCAGUGCAACCAGGGACUCAUACUACAGUACUUUGAAUUCCUUUGCCUUUGUAUAUGAUAUUGACAAUUGUGACAGGAACUUUGACUAUUUUAGCAAAAUAAGACAAAUUGCAAUCCGUGAUAAUGGUUAAGAUGGCAUACACUUGGUUAGUGUUCAUGACCAAAUUCUUAAACCAUUACUUAGUUGGUAAUUAAAACUAACUAACUAUAGUAAACUGUAGACGGACAGACACAACACUUUGACAAAAAUCCUUAAACCCUCAAAUCCAUUUGAAAACAUAUUAUAUGGAUUUUAAAAAUUGUUAAAAUUCAUAUUGUGAUAUAAUGUUGUUCCUGUAUAUAUAAAAGUUUUUUUUGUACAAUUUGUAUGAUCUAUUUUUGUGCUCAUUUUGAAGCAAAAGCCUGAUACCUGACAUUCAUUAAACACCUUUUACAAAGA